GUUGCCCUGGAAACCAGGGGUGGAGCUGCUGCUUAAAAAGUUGGACGGCUGUGCAUCGCAUUAAUUCUUUCACUGUUAUUCGGCAGCAAGGGUAUAUAUAUUUAACGUUAACAAAUAUUUAUAUCUUCGCGUACAGAAUACCAAUAGAGGAGACCGUCGAACUGAAUUAUGUGUGGGAUUUUUGCUUAUCUGAAUUACCGAGUACCACGAACAAGGAAGGAAAUCUUUGAUACACUAGUUAAAGGUCUGCAGAGACUUGAAUACCGGGGAUAUGAUUCCGCGGGUAUUGCUGUCGAUGGUACAAGGAAAGAAGGCAAUGGGAGUAUUUGCCUGUUUAAGAAAAGAGGGAAGGUGAAAGCCCUGGAUGAAGUUCUGUGCAAAAAUGACUCCAUUUACCUGGAUGCUGAGCUGGAUGUACACUUUGGCAUUGCUCACACUCGCUGGGCAACGCAUGGAGAGCCCAGUGCUGUCAACAGCCAUCCACACCGCUCGGACAAAAACAACGAGUUUGUUGUUAUACAUAAUGGUAUAAUCACCAAUUACAAAGAACUCAGGAAGUACCUGAAUUCCAAAGGCUAUGAGUUUGAGUCUGACACCGACACGGAGGUCAUCCCCAAGCUGAUCAAGUAUCUCUAUGACAACCGGGAGCACGAUUUUGUGUCCUUCUCCACCCUGGUGGAGCGAGUAAUCCAACAGCUGGAGGGGGCCUUUGCUCUUGUUUUCAAAAGCAUUCACUUCCCUGGAGAGGCUAUCGCCACAAGGCGAGGCAGUCCUCUGCUCAUCGGAGUGCGCAGCAAGUAUGAGUUGUCCAGGGACCAGAUCCCCAUCCAGUACAAUGGUGACUUCAUCGGGGACGUGCAGAAGAGAAACUUCCGCAACCGAGUGGACAGCAGCACGUCCCUGCACUCGGUCUGUGACGGAAAGGCAGUGGAAUUCUAUUUCGCCUCCGAUGCCAGCGCCAUCAUCGAGCACACUAACAAGGUGGUGUACCUGGAGGACGAUGACAUAGCGGCAGUGGCGGAGGGCAAGCUGUCUCUGCACCGCGUUAGCCGCAGCGCGGGCGAGGAGUCGGCCAGGGUCAUCCAGACCCUGCAGAUGGAGCUGCAGCAGAUCAUGAAAGGGAACUUCAAGGCCUUUAUGCAGAAGGAGAUUUUUGAGCAGCCUGAGUCGGUGUUCAACACGAUGAGAGGAAGGAUCUGCUUUGACACAAAUACAGUUGUGCUAGGAGGGCUAAAAGAUCAUCUGAAGGAAAUUAGGAGAUGCCGGCGCCUGAUCAUUAUUGGCUGUGGAACUAGCUUCCAUGCUGGAGUCGCGACGCGACAAAUCCUGGAGGAGCUGACUGAGCUGCCCGUCAUGGUGGAGCUGGCCAGCGAUUUUCUUGACCGCAUCACCCCUGUGUUCAGAGACGACGUCUGCUUCUUCAUAAGCCAGUCAGGUGAGACAGCUGACACCCUGAUGGCGCUGCGGUACUGUAAGGACCGUGGCGCUCUCACCGUCGGAGUGACCAACACUGUUGGCAGCUCCAUCUGCAGAGAAACCGACUGCGGCAUCCACAUCAAUGCAGGACCAGAAAUCGGAGUGGCCAGCACAAAGGCCUACACCAGCCAGUUUGUGGCGCUCAUCAUGUUCGCCCUGAUGAUGAGCGAGGACAGGCUGUCUCUGCAGAAGAGGAGACUGGAGAUCAUCAGCGGCCUGCGCCAGCUCCCAGCACUGAUAAAACAGGUCCUGGCUCUAGAUGAGCACAUCAAAAGCAUAGCAGAGGAGCUGUACCAGCAGAGGUCCUUGCUGGUCAUGGGCCGUGGCUACAACUACGCCACCUGCCUAGAGGGGGCGCUGAAAAUAAAGGAGAUCACCUACAUGCACUCAGAGGGCAUCCUGGCUGGGGAGCUGAAGCAUGGACCGUUGGCCCUCAUAGACAAAGACAUGCCCGUCAUCAUGGUGGUCAUGAGAGACGCCUGCUACACCAAAUGCCACAACGCGCUGCAGCAGGUCACGGCCAGACAGGGACGACCCAUCAUCAUAUGCUGCCGUGACGACCCAGAAAUCACCAGGUGUGCCUAUAAGAACGUGGAGCUCCCCCAGACGGUGGACUGCCUGCAAGGCAUCCUCAGCGUCAUCCCCCUGCAGCUCUUGUCCUUCCACCUGGCCGUGCUCAGAGGAUACGACGUGGACUGCCCCAGGAACUUGGCAAAAUCUGUGACUGUGGAGUAACUCCUGCCAUAUUGAAGGGCUCGGACAAACUGGAGGGGGAAAGGUUAAGACACUAAAGUGCAAUUAUAAUUUUGUGUUUACUUUGUGUGUGUGAGGGUGGAUGGGAGAAUGAAGGCAUGUGUAUGUCUGUUUACAAAUAUUGUCACGUUCAGAUUUAUGUUGUGAUGACCAAAUUCUGCCGACAACAUUCCGGGCAAAGUGAAAUGGAAUCAGUUAAUUUUUUCUUUCAUUUUUCUUGUUUUUUCUUUCUUUUUUUUUAAAGAAUUAGUUAUUUAAAUAAUUUAAAUGAUUUGUAUAAUUUAGUGCCUUUUUCUUUAAGCAUUUAAUGUGACUUUGUCCUCAACGAAAUGAAGGGAAUUCUAAACUGUGCCUUAAAGUCUGCCCUUUGCUCUUAACUUGCAAAGAUGCAGAAGUCUGAUGUGAACUUAUAUUUUAGCCCUUGUCUGUCUUAUAUCAUGUUAUCAUGUUUUAUUUGAAAUUGUAUAUAGAGUAAUAUAUACAUGAAAGAAUUAAUCAUUUUAUAUUGGUUGUUGUGCAUGUGAAAUGCAUCACUUCAUUUCCCAUUUUAGAGAAAUAGGACUAGUGAAAGCCAAGUUUUGUAAGUGCAUGAAGUACAGGCUUGGUACUGGUUACAUUUUCUUAAAAGAGGGUAGCAUUGAACAGUGUGCUUUUGACUUGAACAUACUAUUUGUCAUGGUAGUAAUCAUAAAUGAACCAGACCCCACUGACUUGAUUAACAUUCCCAGUAGAAUUCUGAAUAAUUGCUAUAUUCUACUUUACUAUUUCCAUUCCAGCUUGAUGGCUUUUGACCAUGUUCAGCACGACCGUAUAACUGUCCCUUUUGUGCCAGUCUGCCAUAAUAACCACCUCAGUGGUGUCAGUAUCAGGCAGUUUGUUGACUGCCCUUUUGUAUCAGCCACAGGUACAACAAACCGGUUUGAGCUGUGAGAUUAUGAAAUCAUAUUCAGUAAAUACCAAUGACAGAUCAACAUGAACUAUUGUAUGGAAUGUUUCUUUUUUCUAUUGUUUUUGGGACAGAAUGAUUGUUGAAUGAAUGAAUGAACGAUCACUGUCAUGUUAAAUUCUUGGUGUGUUUUGUUUGUCUUUUUAUCAGAAAAGUACAGAAAAACUACCAGGCUGAUUUUCAUGAAACUUGGUGACAUCACCAAGAAAGAACCAAAAGCAGGUCUGAAUGACAGGGCGGGCCUACAAAUUACGUCUCACUUUUGUUAUCAUUGCACUCUUGAGUGCCGCUUUUAGUUAUUAUUUGAUAUCAUCGAUUAAUGAAGAAAGCUUUAAACUAUGCAACCAAUUAUGAUGUGCUUAUGUACAAAAGUGUAGCUCUUCAUGCAGACCUGUUUUAUUUAAUGAUCAGAUAAACUAAAUUCAACAUGUCAUUGAAUAGGUUUAUCCUCAAGAUUGGUUUAUAUUGAAGAUGUAAAUGUACCAAAAAAUUGGGCUGGAGGUAUUAAAGAUUCCUAUUAUACUACCUAGACAUAUCAGCUGAUGAUGGCCUUUGAUCUUAUUGAACAUAAAUUAUAUAGCAUACUUUACAGUUUGUAUACCAACCAUUCCAGGGCAUUGAUAUAUUAAUAGCUUCAAGUGCCUUUUUUUCCCUUCAACAUGUGUCAUGCCAUGUCUAUGGGCUUGUGGAGCCAAAUGUUACAUAUAUGUCUGGAGACAGCUGUGUUGAUAUUUAACUCAAAUAUGUAAGCCCUAUCAGAUAAACAUCUUAACCUUGUUUGAAAUGUUGAAACUCUGUAGUCACCUCCUAGAGGUGGGGAGUGUGGUGAGUUUGAUCAUAGGACUGGGAGUGUGCCAUUGUCAGUUACAGAUUUCUUCACACACAUUCACAGCCCAACAGUUGUGUCCAAAACCGUGAUAAUGUUACAUCUGACUCCACAAGGUAAACUGGUGCAGAAUAUUCUCUAAACUGGAAGAACUUGUUUUCUCAUUUCGUUUGUCUUGUUUUUUAUACUCUUACUAUUUACUGUUAUGGAUCAUCAGUAAUGCUUGUGGAACAGUGCAGCACAAUACAUCACAGCACGAUGCUCAGCCAUCUGUACCUACUCACUUGCUUUUCCAAUAGAGGCCUAAUAAUCAUGGCUGACGAUAAGAUUUACUUCCUCUUCAGACAGAAGUAUGAUUAAUUGCUGUUUACUUUCCAGACUAUGCCUAUUUCUGUAUGUUUAUAUUGAAUGACGGUGGUUUGAAUAAAAAAAAUCCAUGUU